AUGCACAUCUUUAACACCGAAACUGCCCCACGGCUGUUCCCCGCAGCUCCAGCGCUCUUCCUGCAAAGAAUCAUUUCAAGUUCCCUAGAGACACCCCAUCUUCUCUAUGCCCUCCUUGCAUCUGCCUGCAGUCACCACAGCCGACUUGUCCAAGAUACAGGACCGAAGUCUAAGGUAUCCUGCUUGAGGUUUACGAACUUGUCAAUUUCUAGCCUGCGCUCGGCUCUCAGUGAAACAAAGGCAACACUGACGGCUGAGACUGUGACAACAGCCAUGGCCCUGUGCACUAACGAUGUGUGCAAUGGAAAUAUGCAGACAUGGCGGACACAUCUUGGUGGGGUAAUGCGUCUUUUGGGUGCCUUUUUGGAUACUCAAGGAACACCGCGAAUUGCGGACCCUUACAUUCAAUGUUUGGUCAAAUGGUUUACAACAAUGAACGUUCUCGCUGGAUUAUCGGGAUUCACCACUAGCCGUGUAAUGAACUCCGAUACAGGGCUACUGGAUAGGUCUUUUGAUCUGUUGAACCCGCAUGUCGACGAUAUAUGUGGAUAUUCCUUGAAGUUGGCUCCGCUGCUUGCAAGGCUAUCUCAAUUGGUGCAGCGCCAGUGUCACACUGGGCCUGCGAUGCAACAAGACAUCUUGGAAGCAUCCCAAAGUCUUGAGAUUGAGAUCUUUUCCCUUGUUGAGUGCAGUGUUUCUGAUGGAGAUUCCCUUGAGCUGCAGAGUACACAUCUUGCCUUUGUACACUCCGCUCUACUACACCUCCAUCGCCGAGUCCAAACACUUCCAAGAACCCAUGAGACGGUGAAAGAGGACAUCAAGAAAGUCAUAGCCGCAGUAGAAGACAUCCCACCGUUCUCUUCUGCGAAUAUAUUGAUCCUUUGGCCCAUGUUCAGCGUUGGCUGUGAAACCGACGAUACCAAGGAACGCGAGUUUAUCCACAAGCGGAUGGGCGAUAUGCAAAGUCUCGGUAUGGGAAAUUUUACAAGAGCACGAGAGCUUCUGAGUAAGUUUUGGGAAUCCGGGACAUCCUUGUCCUGGGACACCUAUUUUUCUAAUCUUGGAUUGGAAUUGGUUCUAUUCUAA